AUGAGCCCUACCCACAAAACAAAUCAUAGUCUUACUUUGAAACGUAGACGAGGGCGAAGGAACUUGAAGGACGUUGCUGAAGAUGUGCAGCAUCCCAGUAACGACAUGGACGGGAUCGAAAGAGCAUUACCAAACUCAAAUACCCUCUCACAACGACCCUCGUCCAGCGGAGCUGCAUAUUUAGGAUGCGCCCCUGGAUCUCAUAAUCAACGUUUGGCAUCAGAAGAACCGUUCUCUCAUGCAGCAUGCGCUCCAGAGUUUUCGCGAAGUAUGACGGAGAGUGGAAUGACGGCUAGCGCCUCGUCGUCGUCGUUGUUGGGAGACCAACCCGUGUUCCCGGAAUGGUGGAAUGACUUACUAGAGAAUUCCUCGCAAGAAAUACCCCAUCCUCCUCGACCUUCUAGCCCCCUCCCAGUACUUCAUACCCCCCAAUCUCCAGAUAAUGUGGCGGUCCAUCGACUACCCAAUGAACUCCUCGCCCUAAUCUUUGAGCAGGGCUCCAGUCUCGCAUCGAGAACAAGGCUCCAACCGAAGUAUCCACUGAUGCCCGUCCGACCAGUGAACACGAUAUCUUUCAUGUUAACUGUUUUACACGUGUGUCACCGAUGGAGAGAGGUCGCAAUGCACACUCCUUCCCUUUGGACAUCCUUGUUAGUUUCUCAUCCGAUGGACGUCGAAGCACCAGAUCCUAAUAGUAACAAGCUUGUGGAUUGGGUUGAGAACGCCCUCAAAAGGUCACAGAACCUUCCUCUCGAUAUAACAAUUGAUUGCACCCACAUCUCCCCCACGUCCGCCAUCAAACAACUUAUACCCGAAAGUCAUCGAUGGCGGAGUUUGUCCAUUGUGGUGCCUGGUCCACAGUCGCUUCCCCUUAUACUGUCUACGUUAAGAGAAGUCGACGCUCCGACCCUGGAAGGUCUGGAGAUUACCGCCAACAAAGUCGAUCGUCUUCCGGUCACCGAACAAUGCCCUCCAUUCUUCAUCUCAUGCCCCAAGCUUGCACAUGUACGACUCAAUCGCGUACGUCUUCUUUGGGAUGCCAACCCUCUCCAUCACCUCACUUCCUUAGAGCUGCGGUUCGUAAUCUGGCCUGAUUUUCUUGACCUGCGGCAAGUUUUCCUCCGAUCGCCUACUUUGGAGCACCUCGUGCUUCAUUUUGACAACUAUGCUUUCGCACGUCUGGACAGAGAAGGACGGGCACCAAUACCAAUACCCUGCCUACGCUCACUAGAGCUAAGGUUCUUCUACGACGAUUCCCCUAACAUCGUGUCACUCAUCCAGCUAUUCACUGUCCCCACGCUCGAAUGCCUCACUCUCAAAAACUUGAGCUGCGCCGAUUGGUGUCGAGUGCUUCCCUAUUUCCGCUCAUACGCCGCUUCAUAUCCCGCCCUACGUUCACUUACAGUUUGUAAUAUCAGAGGGCUUGUCUGCGUCGACUCCAGCACCGUGCGUGCUUUCCCACAUCUCACUCAUCUAUCAUUGAUCGGCGUAUACUCGAAUGCGUUCAGCCAGCUGUUGUUGAACGAGAGGACGGAAGAUGGCUAUAAUGUGUUAGUAUGGCCGAAGCUGCGCUCCUUGUGGGUUCAAAACGAUAUGGAUACAAAAAUGGAGCUAUUGAAAAAGGCUAUAGACUCACGGAUGUCUCUCGGAAGACCUAUCACGCGGUUGGUUCUUGACCAACAUUUGUUUGAAGGUCAUCCGGAAGUCAUUCAAUGCCUUAGACAGUCGGUGAAAGUGGAGAACGCUUCGUACAUACAUGACUAA